AUGGAAUGCAAAAGUGCCUGGGUGGAGGAAUUGCCCUACAUCUUGUGGACCUACAGGACUACCCCAAGGAAGGCCACAGGUGAAACUCCUUUCUCGCUCACAUAUGGAUUUGAAGCAAGGGCUCCAGCAGAGACCUCAUUGUUGAGCUAUAGAGUGGAGACGUUUGAUGCACAAGAGAAUGAGGAGAACUUGAGGGUAGAACUGCACCUCGUUGAUGAGCGAAGGGAAAGGGCAUACAUGCGAGCAGAAAAUUACCGCCGACAGGUCAAGUCAUAUCACGACCAGCGGGUACGACCAAGGAAGUUCUAGGUGGGCGACUGGGUUCUUCGGAAAAGGGAAGUCAGCCGACCGACCGAUGGAGGGAAGUUUGCUAAAAGCUUCGAGGGACCAUACAUCAUAAAGGAGGUGUUGGCUG